AUGGGGCUCCGGCUCAAAGCCAGACACAAACACACCAGGUCCCAACGACAAUGCGUCCUCGAAACAAGCCCAACCACCCCCUCCAUCUCCCCCUCCGAACCAUCAACACAACUAGCCCAACCACCCAAACCACAAGAUAACACCAACCUCAAACUCUUCGCCGGAGGAGUGGCAUUCUUCGCGUUCUCAGUAUUCAUCACCCGAAGAGCCCACAUCAAAAAGCGCAUCGCCGCCAUCCCGCCAUACUACACAUCCUCAACCUACUACCAGCCCAAUUUCAACGGCGCGAUGGAUUCAUUCGAAGCGCUCAGCCUUGCCACGAUCAAUGUUAUGUCCUUUGGAAUGAUGACUACCGGUGGUAUCAUGUGUAUGCUCAAUGUCAAUGGGAUCGAUGAUAUGCGGCGGAUCAUGCGGGGUGGAUUAGAAGGUGCUGCUCAGGGCAAGUCGGAUGAGGAGCUUGAGAAGGAGGUUACAGAUUGGGUUGCGAGCGUGUUUGGAGAUCGCUUUGAGAAACAGCUUGAAGUUGAGAAGGCGAAGAAGCGUGAGCUGGAGGCAAAGAAGGAGUAA